AUGAGUUACAGUCCCCACCCUCACCCGUCUGAUCCCAAAUAUGCUUUAGAGACCCUGGAAAGCCAAUUGGAACCAUUCAGCUGCGAUGAUGCCUUUCCUGGACUUGUGCAGCCGUCUCCGUCUGUGUUCCAGACCAACAUCGAUCCCAUUCCUGGCGGCGAGCCUCUGGGGCCCAACCCGGGCGAGCGACCUUUGAAUUCGAAAGUUCCCAUCCCCCGUUCUGUAUACACUGGUAACUAUACUGCCAGCAGCCGCGUCGGUAGAGCAUGCGAGAACUGCCGCAAGCAAAAGACCAAAUGCAGUGGUCACCGUCCCACCUGUCAACGUUGCCAGGAUUUUCACAUCUCGUGUUCCUACGGCGAUCGGAAAAGAGAAAAGAUGCUCCGCGAAAUCAAGGAUCUGACCGCGCAGGUUCAUAUUUACGAAGACUUGCUACAAGAACUGAACCCCCACCUGGAUUCCUCGUUGGCCCAGCGCGUUGACGAGACGCUUAGCGGCAAAUUAGUCAGAAAUGAUUCUGGUCAGGACCCAGAAUCAUUCGCAUCUCGCACGGGGAGGACGGAGGACUCUCUGGUCGCCGUAGCCCACGUCGAGGAGGACUUCAACCGCGAUCUAGCGUCGCAGGCGAUGGGCUUCGUGGGGGAACACUCGGAGAUGGCAUGGUUGUACAGACUCAAACGCGAUCUCGAUCAAGACAACAAAACCAUCGGAGACAGCCUUCCUCGACCUUCGAUAUCAUCCGUCAACUACUUCCAGGACACAACGAUAAUUACAAGCCUUGAAGAUGUCGACCUACUAGUCCGACCGCCCCAGGAGAUUGCGGACAGACUCCUUGAAGACUACUUCCAAUCUGUGCAUCCCGAGUUUCCCAUCAUUGGCAAGGAGGCCUUCAUGGGCCAAUACCGAUCCUUCUAUUCGAACAACAACGUGCGAGUCGGAAAGCGAUGGGUCGCUGUGCUGAAUCUGGUCUUGGCCGUCGCGGCGAGGCUUCCUGAGCUAGCCCAGAGACAACCGCAAGGAAACUUCACUGACCAUGUGGCAUACUUUGCCCGGGCAUGGCGGCUGAGCAUGGGCGAUAUUGCGUUGCUGAAUCAUCCAAGUCUGGAGCAGGUGCAGGUGGAAGGCCUAGCUGCUUUCUAUCUUCUGUCCACGGGUCAAGUGAAUCGGUCGUGGCGAAUCAUCGGGACCGCGAUGCGGUCAGCGGUGACCAUAGGCCUCAAUCUUCGUAUAGAGAGUGACGGCGUUACUUGUAUAUCACAAGAGACUCGGUACAGCGUUUGGUGGGCGUUGUUCAUAUUGGAUACUGUGCUGUGUGUGGUGGCUGGCCGACCACCAAGCACCGACGAGGUUUUCUGCACUACUCCCCUUCCACGUCUCCGCAGAGAAGAAGACUUUUGGGAGGAAGGAGUUACACAACUUAUCACCGACCAGGAAGCUCGGAAAUUUUUAUUGACAUCCUUACUCUCUAAUAACCUCAGGACCCCAGGGCCGAGCGAGGCUACGGCAGAACGCAGUCGCUCAACAAAAUGUGGAUCAAGCAAUGGGACCGAUCCGACUACUCAAGGAAUGACAAACGCUCACAUAUCAAAUACGUCCCUAUACCUCUUAUGCGCUGUAGACUUGGCGUCUCUGCUACGGGAAGCAAUCGAAACCCUAUACGCACCCGGGACCGCGCGGCGAUCCUGGCCAGAGAUGGAGGCGGCUAUCUUUACUUUUAACAGUAGUACUGACAAUUGGCUCUCCCGUCUUCCAGCAGAGUUUCACUUUGGGGCAUUAGAAAUACACCAAACUUUUAUCCGCCAACGCAUCAGCCUAGGCUUCCGCUUCUAUACCACUAACCCUGCCUCCGCCACCUCGCCCGCCAACCCCCCCGGUGCCACCUCCAGCACCGUGUGCGAUACCAUGGCAUCCAUGUGCGUGCAAGCCGCAUGCCAGAUGCUAGAUAUGCUACCCGAUGAGGCGGAUGUGAACUGGCUCUACGGGGUUUCACCCUGGUGGUGUGUCGUACACUAUAUGAUGCAGUCCACCACCGUCCUCCUGAUCGAGCUCUUUGCACAAGGUCAACGGGGAUCCACCGAGGCCACCGUCCUCGCUAAGAAGGUCGAGAAGGCCAUCCGCUGGUUGCGAGCGAUUUCUAUCAACCAUUCAUCCUCACGACGAGCCUGGCUUGUCUGUCCAAUGAGGGGUUCGAGCUCUUUUUCUGCUCACGCAGACGUCAAAAAUGCGACCUGUCUGGGAGGUAUAGACUGUACCAAAGAAGAUUUCGACUGCGACGAACGAGUGCAGGCCAUGGGCUAUGUGGGUGAGCAUUCAGAGAGAGUGUGGCUUUACAGACUCAUCCGUGACCUCGACUCGGGUAAAGUAACUCCCGAUGGAGGAAAUGUUGAGUCCUCUUCCAUAUCUUCUGUGAACUACUUUCAAGAUGAGUUGAAUAUCGCCCCCCUCGAGGAUACCGUACACUCAACAUUCCUACUUAUCGAGAAGACGACAUUCUUGAACCAAUACCGUUCUUUCUACUCGAACCGGAAUAUGCGACCCGGGAAACGAUGGUUGGCAAUUUUAAACCUUAUAAUGGCCAUUUCAGCGAGACAUUCGCUACUUGUGGACGAACGGUCUCUCGGGAAACAUGAUCAGCAUGAGGUGUACUUUUCGCGCUCAUGGUGGUUGGGCAUGAGCGGCAGUAUAUUGUCAGACGAUCUCAAUCUGCAGCAAGUGCAGAUCGAGGCUUUGACUGCCUUCUACCUCCUUUCGAUUGGUCAGGUCCAUCGGUCAUCGAGGCUUCUUGCGGUCGCAAUCCGAUCGGCUAUGGCGAUGGGACUCAACUGUAGCCAGAACGAUACUAUUGAGGCCUAUUCAGAGACUCGAUGCCGCGUAUGGUGGGCAUUAUUCAUGUUGGACACGGUCCUAUGCGUCAUUAUGGGCCAGCCGCCUUCAUCCCGGAAUACCCUUAUACCCUCUGUAUUUGCUGAGGAUCCCGCAGCCCAGGCGCGAGAGGACACAUUGGAUCACACAAAUCCAGCACAGUAUGGGUCGAACACAGAAGUGGCAGAUGAGCAAUCUACUCAUGUCCCAUCACUUACUCCUAUUCAUAGCAUGUCAUCGCUUUUAUACAUGGUGGACUUGUCAUUCCUUUUACGAGAGGCUAUUGAUACUCUGUACGCUCCCGGGACGGCGCGACGAUCGUGGCUUGAGAUUGAACUAGCGAUUUCAACUUUCAAUAACGAUGCCGACAGUUGGUUCUCACACCUGCCAGUUGAGUUCCAUGCCACAGAGUUAGCUGAAGCUCGGCCAUUUGUACUUCAACGCAUCGGCCUGGCUUUCCGUUUCUAUACCACCAAGUUAAUCAUCUUACAGCCUUGUCUUCGUCGUCUUACCCGGUUGCCACAACCCGGGUCUGUCUGCGAAACUUUGGCGACCACAUGUGUUCAAGUGGCGAUGCAAAUGAUCAACCUCUUGCCCGAGAAGGUAGACGUAGCCUGGCUAUACAGGGUCACUCCAUGGUGGUGUGUCCUCCACUAUAUCAUACAAUCGACCAGUGUUCUCCUGAUUGCGGUAUUCAAUCAAGAUCUGCUGAAUUCCCGUGUUACUAUCGGCAUCGGCAAGAAGGUCGAAAAGGCUAUCCGGUGGAUAGGUGAGAUGUCCACUAAGGAUUCGUCCUCGCGGCGGGCCUGGCUUUUUUGUAGGAAUCUUCUCUGUCGGCACGGGUCGAAGCUUGAAUAUGAGAUUGAUCUCGGGCUCCAGGAACCGUAG